CACAUGCUUUGAGCCUUGCAAUCCGACCCAACCUCUGAACUUCCUCAUCAACUGCCACGUACAGUUGUCCGUAGCCAGAAGCAGUAAUCAUGUCGCUUGCACCACCAUUCACAGCAGAGUCGGCGAACGCCAAAGUGAAGAAGGCACAAGACCUUUGGAAUGGCCAGGACCCCAAAACGAUCGCCCAAGCCUAUACUGCGGACAGUAUCUGGCGUAACCGGUCUACCUUCAUUGCGGGGACCGCCGACAUUGAGAAGUUCCUGACCCAGAAGUGGGAAAAGGAGAAGAGUUACCGUUUGCGCAAAGAGCUUUUCGCCUUCACAAAUGACAAGAUUGCUGUCCAGUUCUGGUAUGAGUACCAAGAUGCGCAUGACGGUAUGAAGUGGAAGCGAUGUUACGGUCUCGAAGACUGGACCUUCGCGGAAGAUGGCAAGAUGCGCAAGCGCCAGAUGAGCGGUAAUGACAUCGAGAUCAGCGAGGCUGAUCGAUGGUUUAAGGAGGGUGUGGACGUCAACAAAGUUGAGAUCAGGGAAGCGCACUGGUGAAUUGUUUAUUAUUGUUUCUGAACAGGUGGGUAUCAUAACGCUUAAAUGACCGAUGCUGUGAUUGUACGCUCAAAGGCUCGACGGUUUUAUGCGGGCGGCGUAUCGUGGAUAAGAACCAGAAUGUACUUAGGAUCU